AAACCAAAGGGCAAGAAUGUAAAACCUCAACUGGCUGAAUCCUACUGCCGGCUGUCUUGUUUGGAGGGUCAUAGUGACCUGGUGACUGCCUUGGUUGUCAUUGGCGAUAAAGUUGUUACUGCCAGCAGGGACACAACUCUCAAAUGCUGGGAGGUCUCCACGGGCAAAGAGCUUCGUAGCUAUGGAGGUCAUACAGAGACUGUGACAUCACUGCUUGUACUUCAUGAUGCUAGAGACGUGACCUUACCAGAAAAUGACAAGCUACUUGUUAGUGGAUCUCUGGACAGUACCUUCAAGCUAUGGGCACUAAAUUCAGGACAGGUACUGAAAUCAGUGUACACCUACAACCCUGUUGUACGUAUAGCUUAUUGUGUCCCAGCAGCGCGGCUGAUCACUGGCUCAGAUGGUGGUAAACUAGAGUUGUGGGAUCUGGCUACAGGAGAAAACACAUUUUCCUCUCGUGCCCAUAAUGCCUCGGUCACCGGCUUGAAGGUUUCAGACAACACUGUAUACAGCUGUGACUCCGACGGCAUCAUUAAAAUCCAUCAGCUGGCAGAUAGGGACCAGCUGACCUGCAUUUUUGUGUCCGAAAAUCUUAAAACCCCAGCGGGCGAUCCCGUAAUCACCAGAAGUAUCCGAAGUCUUGACGUCUGCUCGGAUCUGCUCUUGUUUGGUGAUGAUGCCAGGAACAUUAAAAUUCUUGACUGGAAAAAAGGUCAGGUGAGAAAACUUGCCAACCACACAGACAGCUUCACAUUUACUGAUGCCCUGUGUUGUCACGGAGACUUGCUACUGUCCUCCAGCUAUGACCUUGACGACGCAGUGGGUUACAUCAACAUUCGCAGCAGUAAAACACUGGAGUACCUGGCAACCUUGGAGCACAUAGACACAGAAAGGAUCGUUUGCCUGGACUACGGCUAUCUGUCAGCUGACCGGUUGUUUGUUGUCAGUGGCGGCAUGGAGCUCUUGCUGUGGGAGGUAUUGCCUCCUCGCCCUGAUAACCAGAGCCCGCACGACGACUCGUCAGAUGAAGACAUAUUCAAACUGAAGUUCAUACCGGCCCUCGCUGAACAGUGUGUGGACUCCGAGACAGAAUCUUCAGAUGUCGAUUCAGAUGACAGUGAAAUCCGGCAGUGGUCAAGACAAUCUGAGUCAUCCUUGUUGCAGGACAGUUCUAAAGGGUGGAUGUCCUGGUGCACUGUUCUCUGA